AUGGAAAAUGCUCUGAGCAUGAGCUUCACCAGCUCCUCCACACUUCAGCCUUUUUCCCCGACGUCGUUUCCCCCUCGAUUACCUGGAAUUUCUAGGGAGCUCAAGCUAUUGAGAUUAAAACGUUCAAAUUCAGUUGGAAAGCAUCCGAACAGUCGUAUUCUAUUGGUUGGAAGGGCUUUUGGCAACGGUGAAAAUGGGUUUCCGAUCAAACGCAAUAAGAAGAUAUUUACGGAAGAGGCAAUUGGGGCUGAAUAUGGAGAGGGAUUUGAGAGUUUUAGGCCGGACGGUCCCCUGAAAAUUGAUGUGGAUUUUCUAAAUGACAGGCUUCAAGAAGGUUUUCUUAAAAGAAUCCGUUAUGCCAUGAAACCUGAUGAAGCAUAUGGCCUUAUCUUUUCCUGGGAUAAUGUCUUGGCAGAUGCACGACUGGUUAAGUUGAAUGCUUGGAGACAGCUUGCCUAUGAGGAAGGAAAGAAGCUUCCCGAGGAUGAUGAAACUCAGAGGCAGUUAGUUUCUGCAGAUGCUGAGUACGUUCUCCAUAAGGUUUUGACGUGGGAUGAGGUGGAAAAUGAUUUGGAUAGAUUGAGCUUGAGGCUUUCGCAGUUGUAUCAUGACAAUUUUCUUGAGCUUUCAGAACCUGUUGAAGGUCUGAAAGAUUGGUUGGAUGCUGUAUCCACAGCACGCAUCCCAUGUGCUGUUGUUUCAAGUCUUGACAAAAGAACUAUGGUUCAAGCCUUGGAACGGAUGGGUAUUAUGAAGUAUUUUCAGGCGAUUGUGUCUGAUGAAGAUGGUAUGGAGUCCAUGGCGCAUAGAUUCCUUUCUGCUGCAGUGAAGUUGGACAGGAAGCCAUCUAAGUGUGUGGUUUUUGAGGAUGAUCCAAGAGGCAUAACUGCUGCUCAUAACUGUACCAUGAUGGCCGUAGCAUUAAUUGGUGCUCACCCAGCGUAUGCUUUGGAACAAGCUGACCUUGCUGUUGCUAGCUUUAACGAGUUAUCUGUCAUCAAUCUCCGAAGAUUGUUUGCGCAUAACGGAUUCGCCUUCAUGGACAUGCAGAAGCAAAUAGUUGAAAAAUCUCCACCCAGACGGAAGCUUAGAAUUGACACUAUUUUUUGA